UCGGCUGGGGAAAUGAUCAAGGCAUUGGAGGAUUUGGAGAGGAGCCAGGAAUUAAGGCUCAGCUAGCGAACCUUAUUCGAUCUGUACGAACCGUUAUGAGAGUGCCGUUAAUAGCUGUGAACUCCGUUACAAUCGUUCUCCUCCUGUUGUUUGGUUGA